UUGAUUGAUGUGUAAGAGAGAGAAAGUGAUUUUAAAAUUUUUUUGAGAAAAACUCAAAUCAAACAAUUUUUUAGAAAUUUUUUUCUAAAACUCAUCUCCCAAAUGCAAACCAAACAUACCCAUUAUGUUUAAUUUCAAAAAGAGGUCCAAGAUUGAGGAGAUCACUACUAGAUUACGCAAUCGUUUUGAACAAUGUUCGCAACUUAAUUUGGUUAAGAUUGUUGGAACCACAUCCGGUAAGAUUUGGCAAAGACCAGAGUCUACUUCUUCAUUAUCUGAACCUCGCAUUUAUGGAAGAGAAAAGGAUCAGAGAAAGAUAAUUGAGUUGCUUACAGGGGCGGAUGAAUCAAGUCAUAACAACGUUGGCAUAAUUCCCAUUGUAGGUAUGGGUGGGAUUGGCAAGACCACCCUGGCAUAGAUGGUAUACAACAAUGAAACUGUGAAGAAGCAUUUCAAUUUGAAAGCUUGGGUCUGUGUGUCAGAUGAGUUCGACAUUAUGAGAAUAACAAAAUUUGCAAACAUGUAGUUUUCAUGGCUUAGAUCAAGUUCAAGUUCAACUAAAGCAGGCUUUGGCAGGAAAGAAAUUCUUAAUCGUUUUAGAUGAUGUUUGGAACAAAAAAUACAGCGAUUGGAAAUGUUUUGAAGAGCCCUUUCAGUGAUGGAGCCCAAGGAAGUAAAGUCGUGGUGACAACACGUAAUAGAGAUGUUGCAAGAAUGAUGGGUGCUAUUGAACUUCAUGACAUUGAGGUCCUAUCGGAUGAUGAUUGUUGGUUGUUGUUUUGCACAACAUGCGUUUGAGAGUAGAAGUAUUGAUGCAAAUCUAAAUUUGGUAUCAAUUGGUAAGAAAAUUGUGGAGAAAUGUAAAGGUUUGCCUCUGGCUGUUAUGACACUUGGUGGCCUUUUACGGUGCAAAGAAUGAGAUGAGGAAUGGGUACAUGUAUUGCGUAGUAAAAUAUGGGAUUUACCACAUGAAGAAAGUGACAUCCUUCCUGCUUUGAGAUUAAGCUAUCAUCAUCUCCCUCCGCAUUUGAAGCAGUGUUUUGCUUACUGCUCAAUAAUACUAUGAAUUUGAGGAGGAGGAGCUAGUCUUGUUGUGGAUGGCAGAGGGUUUCAUUCAGCAACAACGAGAGAAGCAAAUGGAAGAUGUAGGAGGUGAGUACUUUCGGGAAUUGUCGUCAAGGUCGUUUUUCCAAUCAUCAAGUACUGGUAAAAGCUCUAAAUUCGUGAUGCAUGACCUCAUCAAUGAUUUGGCCCAAGUAGUUGCAAGAGGUACUUGUUUUAGACUAGAUGAUAAAUUGAAAGAUCAGGAGCAGCACAUAAAUCUAAAGAAAGCUCGACAUUCAUCUUACAUGCAGAAGCUUUGGCAAUGUAUGGAAGAUUUUGAGAUCUUCUACAAAGCCAUGCAUUUGCGGACCCUUUUACCAUUUUUAAUACCAAGUUAUUCGCAAUCUCUUGUGUCAAACAAUGUUGCCCUUAAUCUAUUGUCGAAGCUACGAUGCUUAAGGGUGCUCAGUAUGAGUAAAUAUUGUAUAAGUGAACUUCCAAAUUCAGUUGGAUAUCUGAAACAUCUGCGGUACCUUAACCUUUCCUACACCCUUAUUGAAGAAUUACCCAAAUCAUUAGGGUCUCUGUACAAUCUACAAACAUCGAUGUUAAGAGGAUGUCAAAAUUUGAAAAAGUUGCCUAUAGAUAUGGAAAACCUAAUUGACCUACGUCAUCUCGAUAUUACAAAUGCAGAUUCCUUGGAAGAAAUUCCAUUGGGGAUAGGUAAGUUAACUAGUCUUGUAACACUAUCCAAUUUUAUUGUUACUAAAAACAAUGGGUUUCGGAUAAGAGAGUUAGGGAACUUAAUUUAUCUUCGAGGGGAGCUUUCCCUAUCUGGGUUACAGAACGUGGUGGAUCCUCUAGAUGCAAGAGAGGCAAAUUUAAUUAAUAAGGAAGGCUUGAAAGUGUUAUCAAUGGAAUGCAGUGUGGGCUUAGAUGAAUCACAAGAUAGAAGAGUUGAAACAGAAGUGCUCGACAUGCUACGACCUCACAAGAACUUAGAAGAGCUCCACAUAAAAUGCUACCUUGGUACAGGAUUUCCGACCUGGAUAGGAGAUCCUCUGUUCUCCAAUGUUGUGCAUAAGUUUACAAAAUUGCAAAAAAUGUGUUUCCUUACCGCCACUUGGACAAUUACCCUUGCUUAAAAACCUUUGUAUUGAAGGAAUGAGUGCAUUAAAGCAUGUCAGCUGUGAGUUCUAUGGGCAGUGUAGUACCAAACCUUUUCCGUUACUAGAGACUCUAAGCUUUAAGAACAUGCCUGAAUGGGAGGAAUGGUAUACUUUUCGAGAUUGUAAGGAAGUUCUACCAUUCAAUCGUGUUUGUAAGCUUGCCAUCGAAAAUUGUCCCAAACUUCUCAGAAUGUUGUCCUGUAAACUACCUUGUUUGAAAAAUCUAGAGAUUACGGAAUGCCCGCAAUUGUUAGUUGAAGCUUCCACCAUUUUCUUCCCAUCACUCGCCUCCAUAGUUAUGAAGGACGUUUCUCUCACAAGCCUUCUAGUCCUUGAGAUGAGGAACAUGGUUGAAGAUGACGUGAUGUUGGCAAAUGCGAGUUCAGUUACUUCCCUGAGCAUUGGGAUAAUUAAGAAACUCGAGCUCUUGCCGAAAUGGUUUACUCAUGGGCUGAUGAAACUUGAAGAAUUGAACAUUACUAGUUGUAAAGAACUCAAGGCAUUGUGGAAGAAUGACGCAAGAUUGCAACACAGUCACCCUGCAUUCCGAAGUUUGGAAAUUAAUGGCUGCCCCCAGCUUUUUUCAUUGCUUGAAGAAGAUGAGUAUGAAGAAAACGAAGGGCAACAUCAACAACAACAAGAGGGACUCUCUUGCAUAGUGAGGCUUGAUCAUAUAAAAAUAGAUAAUUGUGAAAAGCUGGAGAAACUGGCACGGCGGCUGCAUACCUUCAAUUUUCUUCGAGAGUUGCAUGUCUAUCAAUGUUCAAGUCUCAGCUCUUUUCCAGAGGUAGGCUUUCCGUCCAUGCUGAUAAAACUCGUGAUACGUGAUUGUAAGGCUUUGCAAUCCAUAUUCGGGUGGAUAAAGCAGAUUAAUGAUAAUAACCUUGAAGUGUUAGAGGUUCGUGAUUGUCCAUCCCUUACAUGCUUGAUAUCGUGCAGAGGUGGGUAACUACCACCCACACUCAAAAAGGUUGAGAUUUUGGACUAUAAAAAGUUGGAGGCACUGCUAGUAGAGGAGGGGAUGAAAAUUAACUGUCCAGCUCUGGAGUAUUUUGCGAUCUGGUAUUGUGAUGGGCUCAAAUACUUGCCAGAUGCCCUUCCUAAUGAUAAUAAUCUCAGGAAUCUCAUUCGAUUGAUGGUACAUGGGUGUAAGAAUUUGGAGUCCAUUCCGGACGGAUGGUUCCACUCCGCAACAAAUCUGAGAAUUUUGGCUAUCUCCCAUAGUAAAAAACUGAAGGCCUUGCCGCUCUUGCCACACCAAUUGCAGACCAUCAACUACCUCACUUCUCUUCAUUGGCUGCAAAUGAAUAUUUCACAUUGGAACAACAACGUCAAGCAGAUUGGUUGGCACAAUUUACCCAGUCUUAGCUCAUUGUUGAUCACAAGCCCAAUUAGUGUGGUAGGGGAAGAAGAAGAAGGUCGGGCAGGGUCCAACAUUUCGAUAGAUGAGAUGUUGCUGCCCGCCUCUCUGAUUGAUCUUCGUAUCCAUGAAUUUCCAAAUCUAAAGAAGCUAUCUUCUAAAGUGUUUCAAAACCUUUCCUCUCUUCAAUUUCUUACUAUCACUGAUUGCCCUAGGCUCGAAUCUAUUCCAGUGAAAAGCCUGUCUCUGUCACUUCUGAGAUUGUGGAUUCAGAAAAGUCCGAGACUAGCAAGGAAGUGUGAAAAGGGAAAAGGCCAAUAUUGGCCCCACUUAGCUUACCAUGCUGAUGUCCAAGUUGUUAACGAGUGAUAAGCUCUGUGGAGAUUUCCACAGCAAUACCAACAGUCAAAUUGCUAGCAAAUUUUUCUGAUGAAGGAUGGCUAUGCAUGACAGUGUAUUUUAAGAGUUCAUUAUGAGGUUCUAUUUCUCUGUUUUCGGCUCUUCCCAUGCUUAAUAAUGUCCAAGAUGAUAUGCUAGAAUGUCCAAGAUGAUAUGCUAUAGCUUCCUUGGAGUAUUGAAGUCAAAAUAAUGGAUAUAUUGUUUAUGAUUGUUGAUGUAUUAAAAUUUGGAACAAAAUCUUUUUCUUUUUUUUUCUAUGUUUUUUUAUGUAAUGUGAGUUUUGGUUUUUGUUUAUAUGAGUUAAAACAAUGGAUGAUUGUUUUUGGUUGUUGGCUUGUAUUAAGAUUUCAAACGUUGUUUUAGUUUUAGUUUUUUUCUAUGUUAUUUAAGUUUUGGUUU